GAAUCGUCGACGAUCGCGGACGCGGACACAAGACUGUGAGCAGCUUGAGCAGAAGAGGAGAGCCCGCACACCUACGGCGCGCGAGUCAGAUUUGUCGAGAUCGGAUUUUCCUGGCAAGUGCUUCCAGCAACUUCGCAAGGAUCGCUCAUGUAGUGCCAGACGCAGCGAUCGCCCGUCGUCCAUGAGAAUUUGCCUUCUAGUUAAUCAUUCAUAACUGGGUAGACUGCUAGUACUGUCCCGCCCGCCCAAAACUGGACAUCGAUCAGACACACAAUCUAGUGUUGUAAGGGUUCGAAGUUUUAACGGUGCGGGUUCUAUAGCAGAGGAUCCCCGCUGCAGGCUACGGAUCCGUAGUGCGCACAGAGCGUUGCAGGCGAGGAAUGAGUGCAUCAGUCGAUUGAUAGUUAGGGGGUAUUGUACUGAUGGGUGGGCGAGUGUCGGCGAACGGUAUGUACCGUGGUUGUGAGGCUAUAUAAAGCGAGAGCUAGUGGAUCUGUGGGUGUGUGCAGAGGUUCCGGGCGCUCAUCCAUGUUUGGGUGGUUGUGGACGAGAGUGUAGGAGCAAAAGGGAGUGGAGUUGUGCAUAGCUCAGUUUAGCAUCGAGGUUGAAAUAUCACGUGCUGAAAGGGCUACUGGUUGUGUGGGUUGUUUGAAGGAUGUCUAGAUUGAGGGUUGUGUGAGUAGGAGAGAGCUGGUGUGUGACGAGGUCUGGGGUAGGUUCUGGAGGGGUUCGGCGAGCUUGAUUACUAAAUUGCUUGAAUGGUUGAUUGUCUGUUGGAGAGACAUCUGCGGUUCAAAGUUGAGGUGGCGUCUGGUCUUUGGGCAGUUGAGAGGUAGUGGAACUAGUGUCAUCCGUUCAGUUGUGUGCUGCCGCUGCACCAUAGCCUGUCGAGGAGUUUAAUUUUGUCUGUUUGUAAGAACUUAUAUUGAUCACAACUCGAACAGCCUUUAGACGUACUGGGGUUGUUCAGAUUAUUUUUCGAAGGAUAAAGAGAAAUAUCACUACACCAACAGAAGAUGGGCGCCCGGGAGGAGCAGGCAAGUGCAGUAGAGAAGGCGACAGUACAAGAGCUGAAGAAGAAUAAUUCCAUGCCGUCGGAGAAAGAGGUGACCUUGAAGGACCUUGCCCGCAUCAUGGCUGGCUUUGCCGCUGAUCGUGAAUGGGACUCGUUUCACAGCCCUCGUAAUCUUCUUCUGGCUCUCGUGGGCGAGGUGGGAGAGCUUUCUGAAAUCUUCCAGUGGAAAGGAGAGGUACCCCGGGGUCUGUCGGACUGGGACGACGAUUCCAAGGAGCAUUUGGGCGAAGAACUCUCUGACGUGUUACUCUACCUCGUUCGUCUAGCAGAUGUGUGCAAUGUAGACCUCGGUGAGUCGGCUCUCCGGAAGCUCGAGAAGAAUGCACAGAAGUAUCCAGUGGACCUCUGCAAAGGGAACGAUAAGAAGUACCGCGAGCUUGCCAAGAAAGGUCGUGAAAAUGGCGUCCGCCGCAACAUGAACAACACCGAAAAUCUGGUCUAUGCUGACAGGCGUUAACAAUUUUCCCCCUCUUCUUUUUUGCUUCAAACAAUCUCGGCUCCUCUCACAUUGAUCACAUUUUGUACCCUUAUUGAAGAAUCCGCUAACAUUAGUAGAGUUCAGUGAAGGAAGUGCACUGCCCACAGCCAACGGAGAUGCUCGUGAAAUUUCUGCAAUUUGCUUCUUAGCCAAAUGAAUUCUCACUGUCGAAAUCUUCACCUCGGCAGUAUCAUUCAAGUCACAGAAGCAGCAUCACCCCCUCGUACUGCAGGAGCUGGUCUGAAGAAUGUGUGGUAGACUCGGUAAAUCCGCAAUCACCAUUCAUCAACCAACCUAAGUAUUAGGAGACGACCAAACAAUUUUUGUUUUUGUACUUGAGCUCCGGCAUCCAAUUAAUCUUUCCAUCACCUUCGCCACCAGGGCGAUAGACUAGUAAACAAAUAAAAAAUUUUGCUGUUCAGCACGGCCUUGUAUUCGAGUUGCAGGAAACGGUUUAGUUUCAACAUCCUGGUGUCGUGAUUAUUUAGAGUGCGGGUCGUUCGGACUUGAUGGCAGUUACAGCGUGCUAGCAUCGUACAGUAGACCAGGUAGAGUAUAAAACUAUGUGGAACUUACAGAUAAUAAUUUGUCUUCUUUUGUAAAUCACAGAACCCAAA